CUGAGUUCCUAACAACUAGGCUCACAUGGCAAACAUAGCUUUGCCAGAGAAAGAUUAAAAAUCAGGAUCUGUCUGUUAUAAAUAAACUUCCAGGUUAAGUACUUCUUAACAAGCUUAGUCAAGCAUAACUAGGAAACAAUGGCAAGGUCUAGUGGAGCUUUGUGGCAAUGGGUGAUGGUAGUUCUGUUGAUUACACUGCUGGAGGGAACCCAUGCUGUUUCGAUAUGCAAGAUUGACUCUGCGCAGCUCAACUAUUGCCGUCCGGCAGUGAGCGGCAAGUCACCGACUCCGCCAUCUAAGAAGUGUUGUGGUGUUGUGCGCCAUGCCGACUUGCCCUGCCUGUGCAACUUCAAGGCUGUGCUACCUUCCCUUGGAAUCGACCCUGCACGAGCAAUGGCAUUGCCUAAGAAAUGUGGCAUGAAAACACCACCAGCAUGCGUGGCUUGAAGCACUUCGGUUGCAAGGACAAAAACAAUUGAGACCCUACAACAGUACUGCUUCCCUGUUUUUGUGUGGUUCUUUAGGCAUGACCAUGUUUUAUAUUGUUCUCUGCAAAAAACAUGUAUGUAAUCCUUUCUUAAAGACAUGUACGUGAUACCCUGAUUUAUUUCUGUAUUUGCUGAAUGUAAUGGUUAAGCGUCAACUUUCCCAGUUCUCCUGUUGUUGGAAUGAUAAUAAGUUAAUAACAUAGUUGUCAAAUGAAACGGAAAGAAACAAGGCAUGAAACAAGUUAUUUGCCUGCGGUUGAAUA